AUGUCUUAUCUUGAAAUAGUUAAAGGUGUGAAUAGAAAUAGGAUUUAUCGCGGUCGGGAGAUUAGAUAUAGAAUCGUAGUUGUGCUAUGGUCUUUAGUGUUAGUGUUAGUGUUAGUGUUAGAUAGUGUUAGAGGGGGGUGUAGUGAUGGUAUGUGUGAUAGUAAAGUAGACGGUGAUAGUGACGUUGAUGAGCAGGAAAUAACAGCUCCGGUGGGUUGGGAAAAAUCACCGAAGAUGACUAAAGACCUAACUGCAAUCGGGUUUUCGUUUCAGCAUGAAGAGAGUAUCGUCUAUGUUAAGAAGCACAUGACUGAAGAAGUAGCGGCGCCUGCUUCGGACUCUACUGUAGCUUUAACUUUAACUAACUCCACCGAAAGAACAGAUCAAUCUAUGGUGUUGUGGCCAGAGCCAGAGUUGGAAUUCACAAUGCCCAAAAUUAGUGAAGUAGGCGGAUUGCAGAAGGUUUUGAAUGCAUUGGAGCAUAUUGUUGUUAUCAAAGCCCAGAAGGCAGUAUUUAUCUAUAAAGUAGAGUAUUCACUGAGAUGUGAGGAUAGAUUAAAAUUGAUAUCUCAAGUUAUCAACGUGCUAGAGUGUGAGGAGCUGGAACUUAGAAUAGAAGAGUAUGACAUAAAGAGAUACUCGCAUUGGGUUAGUCAAGUAAAGCCCAGUUUGACCGAAUUAGAGGAAACAAUUAGGCGUGCUGCUUCGAAUUCAAAGCACAAUCUCACAAUUAACGUCUGUUGUUUGAAUCCAUCUAGGGUAGAUCUUAGCCCCUUGAACAUGUCCCUGCGAAACCUAGCUUCCAAACCCGCUCUGAUAGUGACAAUAAUGCAAGAACAAAACGAUCCUCCAUCCAUUUUCAAACCAAAGGACCCAUAUAGACAUUUAUAUGAAGUCCAAGCCAGCACCCAUAUUGAUUUCACAGCUCUCCACAAUCAAGAAAUCCAAUGCCAAAAGAUUGUUAUUGAUAACGAAUUGAAAUGCUUAGCAUUAACUGGUCUUGAGAAUGCUACUACUAACAUUCAUUCUGAAAUAGUUCUAGAACUGCGUUGGAAGACUCUUCUCUAUCUUAUCGAGAAUACGAAGUCUAUCAUUAAUGUUCAUACCAUUAUAGCUAUUAGGCCCGAGUAUACUCAGGAACUAUUUCAACCACAUCUUCUUCCAGAGAAACCACUCUCUACUCCUCGAAUCAUUGCCAUUAAAAUAACUAUCAAAACCAACCUCGAGGGAUGUUGGUGUCUUGAGAACAUGUAUAACCAAUACUACAGCCCCGAAGUAUAUGCCAUAUUUGGCAUAUCUGUUGACGAGAGCACAAUUGAGUAUACGAAAAGACAAAAUGGUUUGUUAGAUACGUUAAAGGCCCUUGAACUCCAUCUAGAAAUGGAUUGUGAGAAGUCGAUAGAACAUGUGACUGCAAAUGGGAUUAAAUGUCCUGCUGAGGAUUGCAGCAAUAACAAGUGGGAACUUCAAGAAUCAGUUGAUAUCAACCUUGGAAUUUUAUAUGAUUUGAUUAUGGUGGGUCUUAGCAAUUGUGACCGUUUCGGCGGCCCAUACGUUGUUUUCUGUCAGAACAUACGCUAUACAGACAUCCACAUCGACGGAGUUGGUGAUUGUUGGGCUAGCACGCUCUGUCAGACAGUUUUAAACCUAUUCAUCAAUAUCACCGCCUGCACACUUAGAAUCUCGAAUGUUAUCGUUGGAGCGAUAGGUAGCUUUGACCUAUCUAAGAUAGAAGGAAAUAACGCACUCCCGGAAAUCUGCCGACGCCGUCUUGUUCUUAAGACCUUGAUACUAGACAAUGUUGAUGAUAGCCUUAUUUACUGGAUCCUAAACAACUACACAUUCGCCAAUUCUAUGGAAGUACAUAUUCUGAACCAAGGCUACAAGAACCUUAAUAUUACCCAAAUCCUCAGCCGCCCUACAUGUCGGAAGAUCUCUAAACUUGUGCUCAAUGACUUUGUUGGAUUAGAUGAGGUGAGGUUGUAUGAGGAGUAUAAGAAAGAAGGUAGACUCACGGAACUCCCAUUAUUCAACUACAUCGAAAGAAUGAAAGCCAAAGACAAAACCAUCACGGAUCUUGGUCUUAACAAACUGCUGUUGCCACUGGAAGGUAUUGAUGACAGUAAGUAUACUGAAAUCUUGGCUAAGUUUAAUGAUAUUGGUAUUCAAUGCGGGGUUAUUCCUUUAGCGGCUAAUAUUCAUCAUCAAAUGGUGGAUUGCAAAUCCUAUAUAAUGACGGCUACUCAAUAUGCAUUGAGGCAUCCCAACAACCGAUUUUAUAAGGAGCUGGUACUCAGAAACAUUAAUCUACAAGAAUUAGAAGCGGAUCUUGCCAGUCGAUGCACCACGUCUACAUCACAGCCAGAUCCAAACCAAGAACAAAAGCCAUCUAUCCAGAAACUUUCCCUUGAUAAAUUAUCGUUAUAUUUCAGUGAUACUAAUCCAAUAACUGAGAAUAACCUAGUGAAGAUUCUCGAUUGGAUUGCUUGCCAAUUUACAGAUCUAGAAUGGUUGGAUCUCUACAAUCUUGAGGUUUCGCAGGCUGAACAAUGGAAGAUGUUAGUCCACAAUUACCACGUCAAUGGGUUAGAUGUCUUCAGAUGUUAUUCCAUAUCAUCAAAGUCCGCACAAAUCAACUUACUUGCCGGCACUAUCCACAAUAUCAGACUAGCAGAGUUUAAUAUCUCUCGUCCUGAUAUUGUUGUCGUGGAUUAUACAAUGAUACCCCACAUUCUUAAACUGGACCUCACUGGGAUGGAUUCUGAGGCACAUUUGUACAAACUCGCAACGGCUAUAAAGAAGUCUACCUCCAUUAUAUGUUCAAUGUGUUCCUUAAGUCUUUAUCGGCCAAUUGAGGUCAAAAGAAAGAGUACAAUGUGGAAACUAUGCUGUGCGACAACAAAGAAGGCAAACCCAGAUACUGUGAGCAGGUUUUCAAUCCUUAAUCCAGAGUUGCACUUUAAAACAGUCUGCUAUUUCGCUUGCGAUCAUCUAUUCUGCAUUGAAUGUGUAUGGAAGAUGAAGAAGCCCCACGAGGAUUUACUAAAGUGUCCAACUUGUAAGAAACAUGCCAGCUAUAAGAAAGCUUGCCAGCUUGUAUACGCGCCUCUGCCCAACCUUGUUCUUGUCAAAAGCAAUAUUCCAACGUCUAUCCCAGAGUCCCAACAAUCUAAGAUCACAACAUGGCGUACAACCCCUACAUUCUUCUAUGCCUCUUAUAAAUACUCAGGUUGGAUGCAUCCUAAACCCAAGAAAGAAGCAAGUUAUAACACUACCACCCCACUCUAUGCCAUGUUCAUUUAA